AGGAAGAACCUUCCUUUCUCAGAUCAGUCGUCAUUUUUUCACAGUCCCAGCCAGCACGGAACCAUUCCCCGGAUAUCGUUUUCCACUUUGCGUGUUUACAAUUCGGUCUUGUGCAGAGAAAAGAAUCCAAUUUCGUCGCGUCAGGACAAUUCUAAAGCAGUGCGAUAUUUGAACACGGUCUCUCCAAUUAAAUAUUAUUGUUUUCGUCACCCCGUCCCCGUUGUGUAACGCGAGAAUCUCGCUGGAGCUGAAGCUGAACGUGGGAGUCGUCCAUCGCUUGCUUUGUUCAGUCUGUGCUCCUUAUCAGUGUGCUUUUGCUGGGUAAAGUAAACACCGUCGUCGUCGUCGUCCGGGACAGUGGACAGAACGCAGGAGUACGGAAGUGGCAACUGGAAGCGCGAGAACCACCGACGACGAGGAAAAAAACAGCCUUCAAGAUGAUUCCCAGUAAAAAGAACUGAUACUUGCUUCACGGCAGCCGACGGGAGUGGAAGUGUGUGUUUUGUUUGAGUUUUCGUUAAGUUUUUGGUUUUUGGGUUUUUUUUUGUGGGAGUGCGUUUGGAGUUUCCGAGUGGUUCCAGGUAGAGCAGGAAGCGGCAAGGAGGAACAUCGACAAUCGCAGUUUUUGCCUCGAUUAAUGGCUAGUUCUAUGAACAACAAGACCCGUUUUCGUCGUAGACUGGCAGCGAUCUCUUUUCUGUCCAAUAUUUCACUGGACGGCACCCACAGAGACACCAAACUUGGUCCGCUGCACGGUUCCGGAGCGGGAAUCCACUCGAGCAGUGUCCUCAACAAUAACAACAACAAUGUCGUCAUCGGCGGCGUACGGACGGCCAACUUCGACGACUCGUCGGAGGACAACAUCGACGACACGCCUGGGACAGGUGAACAUCCGGGCAAUUUUGAGCAGUUUGAGUCCAACUUAACUAAGGGUUCGUCCGUGGCAUCGGCCACCGGUGCAGUGAGACGAAUCCGUGCCCGAACUGGCACAUUUGGCAAAGGUUCCACGGCGGUGGUAGACCGGAAUGGCGUCCACCGGAUCGACAGCGAAGGCAACGUCGUGAUCUUCCCGAAGGUCGCCUCGACACCGCUCAAGGACCGUGAGAAUGUCAAUCCAAACGAUCAUCAUUACUUCCCGGCGACAACGACGGCGGACAAACGGGCCCGGGCCAAUUCGACGUCACUCCGAGCGGGUGGCGGCGGUCCCGGAGCCAAGCGUACCUUGCUGAUCAAUGCCGAGGACAAACGGGCCGAGCUAGCGAACAACAGCAGCACCGAAAGUCUCGUCCAGGGCGGAGGUGGUAUUGGACGGCGCAACGUUUUCAUCAACGACCCGUCCUCCGCGAAGGACAUCAAGUUCAUCACCCAGGAGCUCGGUCGCAAUCACAACUUCCGCGAUGACCGUGUGGUCCUCAUGUCCAAGCGCACGCCCUGUUUCCUAUUCUCGGUGCUCCCGAACAGCAAACCGGGCAAGUUGCAGAAACGCUACGAAGGCCGACGCCGCAACCCGUCCGGAACGCGCCCGCUCUCCUCCAUGAACGACUACCCGUUCGACGCGUUCCGUCUGCUAGGAAUCGAACGCAGUGGCGAACCGGGCCAGGAAUCCUCGUACGGCCAUCUCCUCAUCCCAUCGCGUCAAUACCAUCGGGAAAAGAAGCACGAAAAAAGCUCCGGCAACCGUAGCGGAUUCGAAAUAACAACCUUCGCGUCGCUCGAGUCCGGAGCCGCGGCCCGCUACUACAGCUACGACAACAGCCAAACGCGUCAAAACACAACCGCCAGCCCGUCCCAGAACGUAACAAAUCCGGACGCCGCGGCAGUGACGACCUUUGACGAGGGCUACACGAGCGUGUCCGGCAUGCAGUACUCGCCCAACAUCCUGGACGAUCCGGAGCUGAUCGCGGGCAAACAUCGCACCCUGCUGACGUUCACCUCGUACGUGACCUCGGUCAUCGAUUACGUGCGGCCUUCGGACCUGAAGAAGGAACUCAACGACAAGUUCCGAGAAAAGUUUCCCCAAAUCCAGCUGACGCUGAGCAAGCUCAGAAGCAUCAAGCGCGAGAUGAAGCGCAUCAACAAGCUGGACUCGCGCAUCGACUUCCUUACCAUCUCGGUCGCGUACGUGUACUUUGAGAAGCUGAUCCUGCUGAACCUGAUCAACAAGGAGAACCGAAAGCUGUGCGCGGGCGCCUGCAUGCUGCUGAGCGCCAAGCUGAACGACGUCAAGGGCGAGGUGCUGAAGAGUUUGAUCGAGAAAACGGAGAACGUGUUCCGGCUGAGCCGCAAGGAGCUGAUCGCGUCCGAGUUUGCCGUGCUGGUGGCGCUCGAGUUUAGUCUGCACGUGCCGACCAGCGAGAUUCAUCCGCAUUACCAACGGUUGAUGUACGAAUCAUGAGAGGAGGAGAACGGGAAGGACGGUUGGGCUGGUGGCGGACAUCACGCCCGCAACCGGCUGAGCAGCGGCGUCUGCUUCCAGAUCCUUCCCGGGUUCAUUUUGUGAAGUUCUUUUUUUCAUUUAAGUGCACGUGCAAGUGCGCGCGCCAAGUUACUUUAAAAUGCUUUUGUCUUUAUAGACUGCCCGAACUUUUUUUUUUUUUUUUGUGUACCGUAAUAUUUUUGUUCAAUUUUUGUCUGUUUAUUGCUUUUAUUUAGACGUUAUUAAAAUAAAAUCGUAUUAAGAAGGUGUAGUUUUGUGUGUGUAGAUCAGGGAAGUAUUCAAGACUGUGAGUUUUGAGCGAUAAAGGAGGGAAAAUUUUACAAGGCAACAGCCAAUCUACGUAUGUACUUAGUUUCGAGAAAACUAGCGAGUGAGGGAUGGAUGAUGAUGGUGUAAUCAAGCUAUUUAUACUCAGAGAGAAAACUUUGGAUUCGAUCCACGAUUUUGUACGCGCUCAGCGGAUUUACGUUUAUUCAGAAUUACUUUUCAUUUCCGACCGCAGGAUUGUUCCUUUUCUCGUAAUAAUGUCUAUAAAACGUACCUACAAACAGUAUCCAAUAAAGUUUGUAAUAACAGA